AUGGCUUACCGUGGUGCUUUCGCCGCGGCCAUCUUGGCUUCCAGCGCGGUCGCCUCGCCCCUGCUCAACGCCGACCUGGGCCUCAACCUCGGCGGCAGUGGCUCCUCCACCAGCAGCGCUCCCUCUAGCGUCACCACCUGUGGCGUCACCUGCCAGGUUCCCGCCAACCCCGGUGGCUGCCGCGACCAGUGCUUCCUCAAGGCCCUGGCUGAGGUCUGCAUUGACGACACUCCCGACUGCCGUUGCCAGAACGCCGUCUUCCUGAAGGCCCGCGUUGACGCCUGCGUCGACCUCGUCCCGCUCAACGCCUGCCUGGACAUCGACCUCACCCUGUUCGGCUCCACCUGGGACGAGGCCUGCUCUUGCAUCGAGAGCGCUGCCUCCUCCGGCAACUGCAGCGAGGAGAAGAACGCCACCCCGGCUGCCACCUCCGUCGACACCCCCGUCCAGACCCCGGCCGCUGGCAACCCCAACUACGGCGCUCCCGCUAGCACCCCGUCCGUCGCUGUCGACACCCCCGUCUUCACUCCCGUUGACACUCCCUCCGUGGCUGUUGACACCCCGGUCUCCCGGACUCCCUCCGUGGCUGUUGACACCCCCGUCUCCCGGACUCCCUCCGUGGCCGUCGACACCCCUGUCUCGACUCCGGCCGCUGACGCCCCCAGCUACGGCGCUCCCGCUGGCUCCCCGUCCGUCGCUGUCGACACCCCCGUCUUCACUCCUGUCGACACUCCCUCUGUCGCGGUUGGCACUCCCCUCUACCAGACCCCCUCUGCCCCGGUCUCUGCUCCGGUUGCCAGCGAUGUCGAGGGUGCCACUGCUCCGGCCCCUUCCACCCCGGCUGCUCAGACCACCCCCAAGCCCAUGACCCUGUCGACCGUCUACGAGACCCGCGUCAACACCAUCACCUCUUGCGCGCCUUCGGUCACCGACUGCCCCGCCGCUGAGAAGACCCACGAGCACAUCGUGACCGAGACCAUUGCCGUCUCGACCACCUACUGCCCCGUUGAGGAUGGCCAGCCUGGCUCGACCCCUGCUCCUGCCGCGAGCUCCGCUCCCAGCGCCCCGGCUCCCAGCGCCCCGGCUGCCAGCUCCCCGGUUGCCAGCGAUGUUGAGGGCGCCACUGCCCCCGCUCCCUCGACCCCGGCUGCUCAGACCACCCCCAAGCCCAUGACUGUCUCCACCGUCUACGAGACCCGCGUCAACACCAUCACUUCUUGCGCGCCUGACGUCACGGACUGCCCGGCUUCUGAGAAGACCCACGAGCGCACCGUCACUGAGCACGUUGCCAUCUCGACCACCUACUGCCCCGUCGAGGACGGCACCACUGCUCCCGCCGUCCCUGCCACCAGCGUCCCGGUCGCCAGCCCCUCUGCUCCGGCCUCCGCUCCCUCGGUCCCGGCCUCGUCUGCCGUCCCGUCUGCCCCGGCUUCCAGCAACGUUCAGGGUGUCCCCUCGGCCCCUGCUAGCUCCGCCCCUGCUCCCUCGGCUCCCGCUGGCUCUGCGCCCGCUCCCUCGGCCCCUGCUCCCUCUGCCCCGGCUACCACUGCCCCGGCUCCCGUCCCUGAGAGCGAGACCUCCACCAUCCACUCUACUUCGUACAUCACCGAGGUCCACACCAUCACCAAGUGCGAUGCCACCGUCACCGACUGCCCGGCUAGCUCCACCCAGGUUGUGACCACCUCGCGCCCUGCUGUCCCCUCGGCCCCUGCUCCCUCUGCCCCGGCCUCGCAGCCUUCUGCCCCGGCCUCGUCCGUCCCGUCUGCCCCGGCCUCGCAGCCCUCCGCCCCGGCCUACGGCCAGCCCUCGCAGCCCGCCGCCAACACCCCCGCUUCCCAGCCCCCGGUCUCGGUUGCGUCGGUUCCCCCGGUCAGCUCCUCCAAGCCCGCUGUCUCUGCUCCCCCGGCUGGUCCCCAGACCAUCAUGACCACCCAGGUCAUCACCGUCACCUCGUGCGGCCCUGAGGUCUCCAACUGCCCCGGCAGCGCCACCCCCACCCCCGCCGUCCCGACUUCGUACUGGCUGACCACUGUCACCACUUCCGGCACCACCAUCACCAAGACCAUGUCUGUCCCUAAGCCUUCCGGCCCCGCUGGCACUCCCUCCGGCCCCGCUGGCACUCCCUCCGGCCCCGCUGGCACUCCCUCGGCCCCCGUCAGCUCCGGUGUUGAGGGCUCUUUCCCCACCCCCAACCCCGGCAAGCCCGUCUCUGCUGAGUCGGUCCCGUCUGUGCCCAAGUUCUCCGGCUCGAUCUACGUGCCCGCCCCCGCCCCCUCGGCCGGCAUCCCUCCCCGUCCUAACAACGGCACUGUGACCUACUCGGUCCCCUCUGCCCCUGUUGUCCCCGGCACUUCCACCACCCCCGGUGUCUCGGUUGCCACCUACUCGCCCAGCGCUACCCCCAGCGGCACCACCUCUGCUCCCCCCACCCAGUGGACCGGCGCUGCCGGCCGCGUUGAGAUGGCCGGCGGUCUGAUGUUCGCCGCUGCCGCCAUCGCGCUGUUGUAA